AUGAGCAGUCCAGAAGAGAUGUCCUGGGAGCCCCCGCAGGACUCACUGCAGCAGGUGGCAGCUCGAAUAAUUCAGAGGGCCUGGAGAAGACGUGUGAGCAGAUCUGUCUCCAGGUACCUAAAGCUGCUGAUCGCCCGCUGCAAUGACCUGGAUCCACGGACCGUCCUCAGAAACGUCAAUCCUCGAGAGGCAGAGCUGCUGGACUCCGCGGCCGGGGUGAUUAUUAGAUUUCGACUUGGAGGGGUCACCUUCCCUCCCAGUAUCUAUUACAAGAUCUUCACCUAUCGGCCCAUUGCGGACGUUUGUGCGAGCGCCCAGUGGGACCACAGGCGUAAGGAGGCCGCGGCCCAGAGGGGCGGCACGGGCUGGUACCAGCGCACGGAGAACAACAACUGGAGGCUUUUCUCAUGCAAGGCGGUGUGCGUGGACGAGCCGGUGGAGGUGGGCACCAACAGAAAAUUCGGCUUCCACUUUUCCAAGUUGAAGCGGAGAUGGGAAGUGGAGCGGUGGAGGAAGACGAGGAAAAUCGAGUGGAUGAAGAAGAUGUACGACACGGGCCGCCUGCGGGCCGAUCCAGAACACAGAGACAUGCUGGACAGCUCGGCCCGGGCGGUGAUGGACGCCGCUGACGAGAAGGGAGCCGACGAAAUUCUGGAGUGGGAGGUGGACGAGCUCCUGGCCUGGACCAACACGCUCAACUUCGAGGAGUACAUGCAGGAGUGGAAACUUCUGGCCUGCAGUCAGACCUCGGAGUGGAGUAAAGGUUAA